AGAUCCAUGAGGCAAAAAAAUAAUAAUAAUAUAAUAAAUAUUAAAUAAAUUUAAGGGGAAAAAAAAAUGGAAAAAGAAAAAGGAAAUCCAUAUUAUUUUGUUGCUGGCUUGCUGGUCUGAUCGCGACGAGAUAACGAAUCUUGUUGUGCGCAGAGAGUCCUCGUUGUCCAAUUCACCAAUGCGAAAAUCGGAUUGUCCGAGCAGAUCGGAAAUUCGGAGCUUCAGGUGAAAGGAACACAAAAAAAAAAAAAAAAAAAAGGGGAAAAAAAAAAGAGAGGAUUAAUGGUUCUGGCGCGAAAUUCAUAGCCAGGUAGUUUUGAAACUAGGGUUUUCUGAAGAUUUUUCCGAACGGGGAAUAUGAAAAAAAUGCGAAAUUGCUGAGUAGUUGCUGUCCCAAGGAUACUGGACUGUGAAAUUUGGGAAAAAAAUUGGAUGAAUUAUUUUGCGGGAAAUUGGAGAAAUCUGAGAGUUAUUUGAGAAUUGGCGGGUUGAUUUCGGCGGAGAAAUUGGUGAUGAAUUUGGAUGUGGGAUAGAUAGCGAUGGGAUCGGAUUCUUCUGAGCUAAUUGGAUUUGUUGAGAAAGCGAUGUCGCGGGAAAAUAAGAGAGAAGAAGAGUGCGUUUGUUGGCUAUAAAAAGGAACUUCUUUUUUUGUUUUUUGGUUUUCAGAAGAUCGGGAAACAAGCAAGUCAGUCUUUUAUUCUAAAGCAAGGGAUGGCAACUCGAGUAGAGCCUCCAAAUGGGAUUGGAUCACAAGGAAAGCAUUACUAUUCCAUGUGGCAGACCUUGUUCGAGAUUGAUACUAAGUAUGAGCCCAUCAAGCCCAUCGGUCGAGGUGCAUAUGGCAUUGUCUGCUCUUCUAUAAACAGGGAAACCAAUGAGAAAGUUGCAAUUAAGAAAAUAAACAAUGCGUUUGAGAACCGUGUGGACGCUCUGAGAACCCUGCGAGAACUCAAGCUUCUUCGUCAUCUUCGACAUGACAACGUGAUUGCUUUGAAGGACGUAAUGAUGCCUAUUCAUAGGAAGAGUUUCAAGGAUGUGUACUUGGUUUAUGAACUCAUGGAUACAGAUCUGCAUCAGAUUAUCAAGUCUUCUCAAGCACUUAGCAAUGACCACUGCCAGUAUUUCCUCUUUCAGUUGCUUCGAGGCCUUAAGUAUCUCCAUUCUGCUAACAUCCUCCAUCGUGACUUGAAGCCCGGAAACCUUCUCAUCAAUGCAAACUGUGACUUAAAAAUAUGUGAUUUUGGGCUAGCUCGUACUAGAAAUGGUAAGGGCCAAUUCAUGACUGAGUAUGUUGUCACUCGCUGGUACCGGGCACCUGAGCUCCUGCUCUGUUGUGACAACUAUGGGACAUCCAUUGAUGUGUGGUCUGUUGGAUGUAUCUUUGCUGAGCUGCUAGGCCGGAAACCCAUCUUUCCCGGUACAGAGUGUCUCAACCAGCUCAGGUUGAUAAUUAACAUCCUUGGCAGCCAGAGAGAGGAGGAUCUUGAAUUUAUAGACAAUCCAAAGGCAAAGAAGUACAUUAAAUCAAUCCCAUAUACCCCAGGGACCCCCUUCUCGCAUCUUUACCCCAAUGCGCAUCCUUUGGCAAUUGAUCUGCUGCAAAAGAUGCUUGUUUUUGACCCUUCAAAGAGGAUCGCCGUGAGUGAUGCUCUCCAACACCCUUAUAUGUCCGCACUGUACGAUCCUAGUUCCAACCCUCCGGCCCAGGUACCGAUUGAUCUUGACAUAGAUGAGGAUUUAGGGGAAGAGAUGAUAAGGGAGAUGAUGUGGAAAGAAAUGGUUCACUACCAUCCUGAAGCUGCUACAGCGAAUGUGGAGGUGAUAUCCUAACCUCUUCUUUCUAGGUUCUAUGGAGAAGCUUGGAAAAUGGCUCUGGUUUUUAAGUAGCUUUAUUUUUAUGUUAAUCUUAGAGAACCCUUGUCGACUUCGUCUUUUAAUCUUGAAGCAGCAUGAAAUGGUUAGCUUUCCUGUGACUCUGUGAAAUAACCCCCCCUUUUUUUUUUGAAUCUAUUUGUCAAUGGUAACUGAGCCUGAGCCUCUGCAUGGUAAUUGGUCUCUUUUUAAGUUGUAUAUAGGUGUGCUGUGUUUGUAUGGUUAUUGAGACCUGUUCUUGUUUUGUAAAUUAAGAGCUGAUUUAUGACGACACUGUUUUAUGUUGACGCAAUUUUGUAUGAUCCAACUUCUACAAUCAGCUUUUCUAUGAAACUUGUUUUUUUAAUUGAA